AUAAGACUCGAGAACCCCCCACACACUCGUGUCCGUCAUCCAGGCGCUCGCUCGAAUGCUCUUCCAACCCACUUCCCCAGGACUUUGUGCCCUUGACGGCGUCACGACGACAUUUUGUAGUAUUCGUUCGUACUGACACCACGCCCGCUGCCAGGCGUACCUCGACUACCGGCACACACUGCGAGAGGAGACAGCCCCGUCCACAGCCCCCGCAAAGCCCAGUCUUCAACAACAGCAACAACAACCGACAUCAUCUUCCUCGGCGCUCCUCCCGGCUUCGAGACAUUUCCCGUUUAUUUUGUUUGCAUGCUCGUCACCACCACCGUCUGUCCCAAUAUCGUCUGGUUUUGCGCCGUCCGCCCGUCGGUUGUCCUGUUUGUUCUUGCAUCCGUCGAUCGACUUGGCAAGGCGAAUCAUCAAGACCUCUGGGUUGCCUAUCCGUACCUCGCGUACCUCGACUGAGGAAUCUAACUUGUGCGCCCUCAGUCGUCAACCCGACUUCUUCCUCGCGCAUUCCGCCCUACCACCUCGCCACGCCGCUGCCGUCGCCGCCGUUGACUUUACUGGCGAGAGAUACUCCCUCUCCGUCAUGUUUUGAGAAUCCUCUCCAAUUGGCUUUGGAGAGGCCUAAAGCAAGGACAACGAGUGCGGUUCUGCCCACCUAUUUUGCACCUUGCCGACUCCGAAGAACACAAAAAGUGUUCGUCAACGUUGCGCCACUCGGCCCAGGACAGACACCACUUUUUUCAACCAGUGUCUCGUCAAUACUUUGCGCCAGAUCCUCGAGUCCCUUCACUACUCAGACACUUCGCGCGCCGGGUAGGUAGUUCUGCGCGGUUGCUGCAGUUAUCUGUAUCGUUAAGACAGGAUUCGCGCCGCUUGCUAUCUUGGUCCUAUCGACGACUAGUGCUAACGACGCUGCCACUCUCGGAACCAUGACUUCUGUUCUGCCCGCGCAUCCCACGAACUUCAAAGUCUCGAUUUCCCUGUCUCCCACCAGCCCUGCGACAAUGGCUCCAAAACAUGAACCACGAGAGAGUCCGCAGCACUUCAUUAAGCAGGAGCAUGACGCAGGGAGAGGCCAGCUGCGGGAAGUCUCCGAAGACAAGGAUAUCGACAUCAUGGACGACGAUGGAGAUGACGGCAAGGCCGGUUCAUCCAACUCGGACGGUGGCCCUGCAAGGAAAAGACGGAGAAGCCGCAAAGGCCUGGACAAGAAAUUUGAAUGCCCCCAAGAUGGCUGUGGAAAGAGCUACUCUAGAGCCGAGCAUUUGUACCGGCACCAGUUGAACCACACGCCCAAGCAGAUAUAUGAAUGCGACUUUCCUGACUGCAGUCGCACUUUUGUUCGACUGGACUUGUGUAACCGCCAUAGGGACCGCCACACAGCCAAGGGGUCUGCCUUGAGUCGCAAAGACUCAAUGAUAAGCCACCUCUCUCCUACCACCGAUCGGCCCCCCUUUCCGGUUCCGGGAUCGACCUCGCCCGAGAUCAGUAGGCCGGGCAUUGGUUUCGCCAACGUGCGGCAUCCCCAGAUACACUAUGAGACACCCAAAGAUACCUCUGGUAGUCCGUUUGCGCAGGCAACAAACACGCCUCCCGGAUACCCGGUGGGUUCGCACCCCGGUGGCAUGGACGGCUACAUGCAUCACGACAACGGAUUUGGUGGCGUUCAGGCCCAUCGUCAGCCGCAACAGUCGCCGAGCGGGGCGAGACCGACAGUACAAAGCAACGGAGCUUACAUGUCCCCGGUCCCUACCCAACACGGCUACCACAGCCAACCGCACAACACCCCUCAGUCCGCGACUUACACUACUCAGCAGAACUUUCCGCCCUUCAAUCUACCGCCCUCGGAGUUUUCCAACGGUGCUAGUAACGUCUCUCGCGAGGGUCAGACGUAUGCACCGACAACCUCCGCAGAAUACAAUGAGCAGAGUCAUCCCCAGCAAUCGGGAGAGAUGAUGUUGCUAGACCAGAUGUCCAUGCCUGGGACGAUCCCCGUCUUUGGGAGCGACAGCAUACUAAGCAAAUCGCCAUAUGUUACGAUUCCCGAAGACUUUGUCGCCUAUUUAUUUAACACGCAACAAGGUGAAGGCUCGCCGAUAGGCCAUAUGGUGGCUCCCGGGUACGUGAACAACUACGGAGAAGUCCAGAACUCGUACAGUGUUCCUUAUGUAGGCACAGAGGGUGUGCCCAUGGGUUACUUCCCCUCAGGCCCCCAUCAGGUCAUGGCCGUCAACAACCUGCUGGAUCAAAACCUCCCAGAGGCCACCAUAUCCGAGGAGAAAAGCCAGGAGAUCUACGAGUUCAUCAACCAGAGGUUUCACGAGAACGACCAGGCACCGGCAUUGCGGCAGCGCGACAGUAUCUUAGAGGGCGAUCGUAGCGACGGCGACCACAUGCUCAGCAAACGAAUGAUGCAGGCAUACAUCGGAUCCUACUGGGUUCACUUUAGCGACCAGAUACCCAUCCUUCACAAGCCAACCUUCUCCCCCGAUAGAACGCCGAACUUGCUGCUCCUGGCGAUGAUGACGAUAGGCGCAGCCUGCCUUGACAAGACGCACGGGCAGAAGGUCACAAAGGCCGGGGCGCAAUUGUCCAACUUCUUGGCCUGGCAUCUUCGAUGGGAGAUAUUCAUGGACCCGAACUUCCGGCCGCCGGCCAAGCUGUGGCUGUUCCAAACACUUCUCCUUCUCGAGCUAUACGAGAAGAUGUACUCAACGAGGGAGCUGCACGAGAGAGCCCACAUCCACCAUGCCACAACCAUCACUCUCAUGCGUCGCGGAAGAUCACUGAUUGGCAAGUCAUCCCUUGACUCACCGCCCAACCCUCGAGACGACAAGACAAACGGCUCUCGCCACUCGUCGACUUCGGGCAUGGCACACACUCCAGAUGAAUGGUGGAAUCACUGGAUCACCAACGAAUCGACGCGGCGGGCUGCGUUUGCGGCAUUUGUCAUCGAUUCCAUUCACGCUACCAUGUUUGGCCACUCUACGGUGAUGGUCACUCAUGAGAUGAGACUGCCGUUGCCUUGCGAUGAGGCUUUAUGGAAGGCCACUAGUGGUGCCGAGGUCGGCAGGAUCGAGUCCAACCUCCUAUCCAACGGUGUCAAGCCGAUCUCUUUCCUCGAAGGGUUGAAACGGACACUCAGCGGGCAAGGAGUGCAAACCAACCCUUUCGGUCGCAUGGUGCUCAUGGCCGGACUCCUCAGUGUCAGCUGGCACAUGAACCAAAGGGAUCUCCAGGUUAACGUUCUUGGCGGUGGCGUGUCUCAGGCGCUGGGUGGCCGAGACAAGUGGCGCGGGACCCUGACCCGCGCUUUCGACGCUUGGAAGGAUGAUUUCGAUCAAUCGUUGACAGGGCCAAAGGAUUCUUCUGACCCUUACCGGUACGACUCUGCGAAGAAGAACGAUGCCAAUGUGGUCUUCGAAAGUCGGAUGGUGCUGCAUCACCUCGCUCACAUGGCGAUGCAUGUUGACAUUGUCGACUGCCAGAUCUUUGCCAGGGCAAAGAGGCUUCUGGGAAGAGCCAUUGGGCAACAGGACCUUAACAGCGCGCAGAGAAGAAUGAGAGAUUUGUGGGCGCCAUCGGCUAAGGCCCGGGACGCCACGUUCUACGCACUUAAGUUUCUCAGCUCCGUUCUCAUGCCCGACGGUGGGCACUCACCGCAAUCCAACAGCUACAAGUACGACGAGCCGUACACGGCGCGGGACGACGUUCUUCUCAACAGACCUUGGGUGUUGUACUUUGCCGCUCUUGUUGUUUGGUGCUACGGAUUCGCUCUUGAAGGACCAUGCCCCGGAAAUCCCGUACCGGUGACGAAACAGGAGCAGGUGCGACAAAUGCGAGAAUACUUGAUGAAGUACGGCGGCGCGACCUCACCUGACGACCUGAAGAUGAUGAAGGGAGUCAACACGAACACCGCAUUGCUACUAGUUUUAAAAGACUCUUUCGGAACGACACGUUGGGAGCUGUUACACGAGGGUGCUAAUCUUCUCAACAACUGUCUUCAGCUGAACACUGGAACUUCCACGAUGUAAACUGCAACACCAUCGCAUUGACGAUUCCUGUUUCUCGAAACUGUAUACUGGGGGGGGGGUGAGGAAAUGGCCAGAUUUGGUACUUAAUCGUGAUGGCACGUUUACGACAGAACGACUCCACCUCGAAAUAUACCACUUCUUGCCACCGUAUUUAUGGGAGGAUACCAAGGCACCGAGACGAGGAUCGGGAACAAGUAUGAGAACGGGGCCUAGGCGGCCGAAGCGCUUACAUUUUCAUAUAUGCUGUGUUCCUGUACCUAUUUAUACCCCCAUGACACGCUGCUCACGGGUAGCGUGUUAUUUUGCUUGUGAUAUAGUAGCAGCAUUGGUGCUGAGACGGAGAACAGUGCGUCUCAGGGCGUACAUUUUUGGAUGAACUCGUCUUAAUUUAUCUGUCACAUAUCAUUUGUAUAAUUUCACCGUUCGUGGUUGUCAACCUGGUGCUGACACGGUCAAGUUUCCCCUUUUCUCGUCAAACGGUCCGUUGGCCAUUGAGCUGACAAGGCAGGACCACGACAG